UUCAGAGUGGCUUUUCUAAAACUGAAAAUCCGGUUUAUAGACUAGGCUAUAUUUUAUUUACAAUAAAAAAUAUUUAUUACUGACAAACGAAAGUAAGUGUUUUGACAAGAACAUUUUCCAUUUUCCUUAUUUUCCAUUGUGUAUAUUAAGGGCAGCCCAUUCAUUUACCGUACAUUGUGAGCGAAGCAACAAUCGAAACUAUACCGGCCCCAUCAAACGUCUGUAUAGAAUUUCACUUCCUACAUUUUCAAAUGGGAUGUGAGCAAACAUCUCAAGGGGUUAAAUUGUUGGCUUUUCUAGCUAACAGAAACACCCCAAACAACUGAAGGAGUCAGUCGCGACAAGGAUUCUAUGCUUUUUACGUUUUCUAAAAACAGAUCAAAUAGACAAAUCAUUAACUGUGUCGUAUGCUGUAGGGUAUCUUUUUUGUUUUAAGAAUUAUUGCAAUCGUUUUAACCAGUGAAUUACAUCGAUUACUGAUAUUUUCAGUCGCAUGUUCCGUGUUGGGGAGUUUUAACUUAUGAAAAGGCGAUCUUUCGGAAAUUAAGACAUUUUGGAGACCGAACGAGCGUUUAACCUUAGUCCAAAUAUCUGUAUUUUUAUAGACUAGUUCACAUACGGAUACCGCGAGGAUACUUUAAAACACGCUUCCACUGCGUGUACGGUUGUUGUCUACCUUCAAUCGGCCUGUCGGCAAAGAUGACUCCGUGUAUUGGAUUUAUAUUUGGACCCAGACUAUUAAUGCUUUUAAUUUUCGGUCAUGUCAACGCACAGGUCCCGAAUGAAGCUGAGUGCAGCGGUUUCAUUCAGGGCCGUGACGACUUUGUACUUGACACUGAAGACGCUGUCAAAUCGGGAGCAAAUUUAAUCUCGUCCCCAACUGUAAACGUUGUUGAGGAGUGUAAAAGUCAUUGUUGCCAAGACCCAAAAUGCAACUUGGCUCUGAUUGAGAACGGUGCAGAGGAAGGCUCGGUUAAAACCUGUUUUCUGUUUAACUGCCUGUACAAGAAGGAGUUUGUUUGUAGGUUUGUGAGUAAAUUAGGAUUCAGAACUUACAUUUUGGACUCCGUCUAUGAAGAUUACCUGGGAGAACCUGAAACCACCCGUGGUAAGGGCAAGACUCGACUCACUCCAGUUACUGUGACAGAUGACCAUGAUAAGUUCCCCAUUGCCAAGACGGGCCAGGACGUCGUGGUCCAACCCAACGAAAAUGUGACGCUGAACGGCAUCGAGAGCUGGGACGACGAACCGAUCACUGACUUCCAGUGGAGCCUUUUGACCGGGAACCAAUCGGUGGUGUUUACGAAAACACAGUACAAGGAUCAGGUGAUACUGUCCAGUCUAUACCCUGGGAUGUAUGUGUUCCAGCUUAAAGUCACAGACUCCAUUGGCCAAACAUCGACCGAUCAGGUCUCCGUCCUCGUCCUCACUCCUGAACAGUCUGACAGUCACUGUUUGAUCCCUAAGAAAGUGGGUCCUUGUCGAGGGAGCUUCCUUCGCUGGCACUACAACGCCGCGUCAAAAAGCUGCGAGAAUUUCACCUUUGGCGGCUGCAAGGGUAAUCACAACAACUAUCUGAGCCAACAGGAAUGCUCUGACGCUUGCGAAGGAGUCCCAGAAAGGGGAACAAGAGGAAUUCAUCCCGAAGCUGAAGACUGUGGAUCUCCCUGUGACCCUGGUCAGUUCACUUGUGGCAACGGCUGCUGCCUCGAACCCGGCCUGGAGUGUGACACCAUGAGCCACUGCAGUGACGGCUCUGACGAGGUGGCGUGCGACAGUCUCAACCAGACCUUCAGCCGUCUCCUGAGGCUCACCGUGGACAAACACAAGGCCCAAUGUACCGAGCCCCCCAGGACGGGUCCGUGCCGCGCCAGCCACACCCACUGGUACUAUGACCCCAUCAAGACGAAGUGCCAUCGGUUCACCUACGGCGGAUGUGACGGCAAUAGCAACAACUUUGAGGUGGAGGAUAAGUGCAGCGCCACCUGCGAGGGAGUGAACGAAAACGACCUUUUUGUUAGGUCGAAUUUCAAACGCCAGGAAAACGAGGAGGAAAGCCGGUCAGGCUCUGUCGCCGUUGCCGUGGUGUUGGGGGUGGCCAUCAUGGCCCUGCUGGCUGUGUUGGGCUACUGCUUCCUGAAGAACAGGAAGAGGCGGGCGCAGCACCAGCCCGUGGCCACCAGCAUCCCCAGUGACACCCCCGUGUACAACAGCACCACAAAGCCCAUCUGAACCGUGGACUUGGACGGGUGCCUCCGUGAGAGCUUUGGGCCAAUGGAACCAUCGCUGGUUUUGAAGUAGUCUUUUUGUCUUCCCGAGUGUAAUUCAUUGGUCGUCCUUCCCGUUCCUUAGCGAUUACCCGCUACUUUAAAAAGGUACUCGAUGGUGACGUCAGUCCUAUAACACCUAAAAAUCAGUUGAGUUCUCUAUCCCCUUUAUGUCCUGAACCAACGUUCACCUGCCUGGCUUUCAGGAUCUUGGUGUAUAUUAUGUUAAUGUGUAAGCAAAUUACCCUGGCUCACAUGUGCAGGCCGGUGUGCGUGUGUCCGAAAACAGCCGCAUGCAGUGAGUAAGCGAAGCAGUAAGAGACAUUUCAUAUUAACGCUGCGUCAGCCCUCAUCGGGAUGACUUGGACAAACCGGUUUUUGUUUUCACAAAUUAAGGUGUCGGUACAUCUGCAUUGCAACUGUUCUGAGGAGCUUCACUUCCGAGGAGGAAUGAGCUGGGCACAUAUCCAAAUGCUGGGAAUAUGUGGAAUCGUUUGUUUUGUUUUGUUUGGAACUCAGUCUCAGGUGAAAACGACUGCGUGUUUUUUCACGUUCUCCUUUUUCCUUAAUUUAAAUGUUUAGUUAUUGGCGAGGUCAGUGCUGGGUGAUUUGCAUUUGAUGUUUUCACAUGCAAAUUUAUAACAAAGCUGAUGUAAAUGUGUGUACCAAUAAAUUAGCUAUGUACAUUUGAUAUAAUGAAAUUAGGGCUGUCAAAUGAUAAUUUGCUGUGAUUAAUCUUAUCUUUAUUUUGUCUCUUCAUAUCAAGAAGUUUUAAGGACACAUUUUACUUAACCUCAAGGUUUCCUUGUUUUUAUGUUGCAUUGUAGAUUCUAACUGUAUGAGCUAUAGGAUGUUUUUAGUCAUGUGCUGAUGCGAUUGCGAGGAAUGUUUCAACAAUCUGGGCAAUUUUAGUUAUUAAGCUGCUUUUUGUCAUACAUCUGUGUCCUGCAUGAAGGAAUUUACAGGUUCUGUGGAACAAGGAACAACGCAAAGCAUACAUGAACAGGAUGUUCUAGAGACACUGCGUUAACGCUAGUUGGAAUUUGAGGAGUCGUUAAGUAGCAGGUUCCCUCGAAUUGCACGGACAGACACAAAUGGCAUCCACUAGUUCGCCUGUCUGAGGAAAUCUGGGUCUUCGUUGACAAUAUCCCAGACUAUCCCCUCAGGUUUAGGGUUAGAUUAAAUAAUGCACUGCUCUGAACCUGUUUCCACAUGGCUUUGUGGAUUUUCUGUAAAAUAAUGUAUUUUGGAACUUUUCUGUGUGAGGUAGACAACUAUGAUUCCAGAUAGUUCGCACAAGCAUCACAACAUUGUAACUCUGACAGGACUGACACUUUGGUUUCUGUUUUUUUUUUUUAAGCUAUGUAUUCGUGUAUUGGUUCUCAAUUCUUAUGAAACGCAGUUUCUUUACUGUGUAACAGCCUAACCUCGACAGCCAGUCUCUUAUUAUUUUCUAUAAUUGUAUUUUGUCUGUUGUUAUAAUAAAAUAUUAUUCAAUAUA